GAAGGCCAGUUCAUCGGUCGCUUCCGUUUGAUGCACGAGUGGCACGUGAUUCAAUUUUGUUGACUGAAAUGUGGUUUCGUUCAGGAUGAUUCGUGAGUGAAGACGUCAUCGGUAACGUCGCAUGUAUUGCAGCAGACCAUGCGCGCCCCAUCUGUUAGAAUGCGUAAUAGUGCAUCCUCAAAGGAUGAACCCGUCAUAUGGACUAGACCGGCUGCAGCUCCAGGAACACUGUACGGAGCCCUGUUACCAAUCUGCCUUCUGUCGAGUUAUUUUUCCCAACGUGCUGCCCGUGAUUCUGCGGUAAUGCAAACAUUUCUGAUCUCAGCGUUGCUCUUUUUAUGGACUCUUUUGGAAGCCAACAAAACUUCCCAUUGGAUUUUUUCGUAUCUUCAGCGCCGUCUUGUUGCGUUCGGAUUAAUCAUGGCAUGCGUGUCAGGUGACAUGGAUUUUUCCGCUGCGCUUCUGGUUGGAGUUGUCGGCUAUUUGAUUCUUAUGAAAGAGUUCAGUUCCCCACCUGUGGCUGGAAACUUUUCCAUUGGAGAACGAUCGCUUGUAUCUCAAGGAUUUGCGUUGUUCCUUGGCUCCUGUGUGAAGAACGCUCUUAGCUUCUCGAGAAUGGACUUCGGUAGAAGUGGACACCCGAAGAAAGGGAAAGAAAUGUGGGAGGUGAACACAAUUUCUCAAAUCAUCGGAUGUUUGGUAUUGGUAACCCUUAGUUUUACUAGACUACUCGGAAAAUCCGCAUUGCGAAACAGUUUUUUUUUAUUGAGUUUAAUGGCUGGCGUCAUUAUUUCGUGGGUUUUCAUCGAAAGCAGAGUCCUGCAUGGUUCUUUGAUUGUCUGGUUUAUGGACAUCAUGAUGAACAUGCCGGAGAAGGUUCAAAUUCUGAAGCUUUGGACUGGCUUGCUCGUUUCUACCGUAGGAUUCGCGAUUGCAUCCGGAUUGUUGAAAAGUUCCAAGCGUUCCGCUACCCAAACUAUUGAGAGAAAACUAUUCCACGUAGCUAUUUCACUGGUUUUCAUACUAGGAGCUCGAAUGGAUCCGUUACUUUUACAUCUGGCGUCUUCGCUAUUAUUCUGGGCUUUUCUCGUCGCUGAGGCCUUGCGUGUGCUGAAUGUCUGGCCAUUCUCAGGAAUACUGAAUGCCGCCUUCCGUACAUUUUUGGAUGAAAAGGAUUUAUCUGGACCUUUAACGCUUACCAACAUAUAUCUGCUUGUGGGAUGUGCUGCACCCUUGUGGUUGUCAACAAUCACAUCUAGCCAUCGCCCAUUGGCUGAAUUGAAUCCAUUCACAUUGUUGGCUGGGGUACUUUCUGUGGGAUUUGGCGACACUGCAGCCUCCGUCGGUGGAUCUUUGUUUGGUUCUCGGAAGUGGCAAGGAUCCAAUAAAUCUGUGGAAGGUUCUAUAUGCUGCUCAUUUGCUCAGAUUGGAGUUGUCUGCCUGUUAUCGUGUGUUGGGUUCGAAGUAUUAGAGCAUGAUGUUGGAAUAAUAAUGACGUCGAUAUUCUUGUCAACUAUCAUGGAAGCCAAAACGGAUCAAGUGGAUAAUCUUGUUCUUCCUCUCCUGUCGUACGCUAUUCUCGAUAAUGAUCUCCAAAAGGACGCAAAUCGACUUGCCGAAUUCGUCCGCAAAGAUUCUUGGAAAUUCUCCAUUUGUACUGCAAAUCUUCUUCGGAGGCUGGGAGAGAAAUCUCCCGUGUCCUGGCAAUUGGUUUGCGUUCUUCACAAAAUAAUAGUUACAUCUGAAAUGGCUCGAAUAAAGUUCUGUGAAAACAAGUAUCUCAUGGGAAUACUGGCUCGAUUUUUCAAUUCACCGGAAUGGCCGGCAGUUGAAUUGAAGUCACUUGCAGAUACUCUUGCCGUGAUGUCGUUGGACGUGAAGUUAACUGCGAACGACUACGUUGCGGAAGCACUUGCAACCGCAGCUUUGAAUCGCAUCUACACCCAUGAUGACGAUGAAGGAGAGGCAAUUCAGUGCUCAUCUGGGAUUCUUUUGAUACACUGCCUCCAAGCCUGCCCUUCCUUAGUAGCGUUAGGCAAAACGUUGGACUUGGUGAAAUGCUUAUCUGGCGUAAGAACCCCUCUGGGAGUUCAUCUGCGGACGGUACUGGGGCAUGUGUUUGGUUUCGGAAACAUUCGAGAUGUUCCGUGUGACGAAAUGUGGAAUGAAUGCAGAAGUUCGAAGACGUAUUCUGACUGGUCGACUCUGAAAGUUACAUCAUUUCUUGUCGAGUUUUUUGCCGAAGACCUGAAUGUGGAUUUUUUGAAGUGGUUCAAAGACUUGAAUUGGAAUCAUCUCCAUGUUUUAUCGCUGAAAAGCAUCUUGCGAUUCUUGAUGAAGAUUCCAGGAAAAAGCUACGAAGAAAAUCUGCUUCUUUGGGGCAUUGCUUGUAAGGCUGUGCUGCAUCCGUGCUUGGUGGGAUAUGGAUUUUCUCUAGCUGCUGCCUCCUUUCCGGAACUUUCAGAAGCUGAUAUUAAGAUCGACAUUGCCACUGUCUUAGCAGUCCUGGCGGAUGUGCUUGAUGUCGAAUAUGAAGGUCCUGACGAGUGUGUCCUGAGUGGACUGAAUUUCUUGGAGAUUUUCUGCAGCAAUGAUGAAAAACUGGGAGGCCACGCAAAAAUGAUUUCAUGCAUUCUCUGUUAUGUUGGGCCAAAGAAGAUUGUCACCAUGUUGAAAAACGUAGCAUUCGAUGCACAUGCAACUGAUGGGAGUGGGCGAUCUCAAAAUGCUUCCGCUAUUGUAGCGAGGACACUUGCACUUUGUCUCAAGAAUUUUUGCAGGAUGGAUGAUUGGAAGAAUGCAAUGCUGAAAAUUGCUGAAGACGGUGUAGUUAUCCCUGGAGUAAAAGCCGCAUUUUUCGAUCCUUUGGACCUUCCGACUUUCCAAAAUGCAAUUUUUGCGAUGCAGUGGUUCAUUCAGCAUAAUUCAGCGGAUAAACUCUAUGAUCACUGGAAAUUAGCAUCAUUCCCCACAAUGAGUAAACUAGAUUUGCCGGGUUCCUGUGUGGGUUGUUCUGGAGGUAGCAAAGAGAUUAGUCCCUCCUCAUCUAUGAUAUCUUGUGCGUCUGGAGAUUCGGCUAUCCACUCCGAUGACCACCGAAAUAAUGAUGUCUUGCAAAUCAUCAAAGUAUACGAGUCUAAAAUCAGAAAUAUGAAAAUAGAAAAUGAUGCUUUGAGAGGAAGAAUGAGAAGCUUGCAAGACUGUCUUGAUGAUCGUCAGCUGUUGGAGAGUAUGCGUGUUGAUGAGACCUUAGAAUUCCGAAUGCUUUUGAGAGAAAACCUGGUGAAGCUUGAAGCUGCUGAAAGAAAUAUUAACGCCAGUCAACAGAAGUUCAAGGAUAAGUUAUCGCAGGAGCGCGUCGAAGCUGAAAAGAAGCAGGAAACACUGCGAAAGGAAAUGGCCUCCAUGUCUGAAUUUUCCAGCAGAUUGGAAGCUCGGAUAUUAGCAGUCGAAAAGGACCUAGAGUCAAGUGAUGCAGCCAGAAAAGCGCUGCUGAAGCAAUUGGAUGAAAAUCAGGCAGAGAAGUCCAAACUUCUCGAGAAUUUGAAAAUUCAAUCCGAUAAAUGCCUAGAACUCUCUGAAUGCCUCAAAAGAGCGGAGAAGAAAAUCGAGAAUCAAGCCAGCAAACUGAAGAGCAGCAAGGAAGAAAACUCGGAUCUUCAGGCGAAUAUUGCCAGCCUAACAGCACGUUUUGAUGAAUCCUCAGCUGAAAUGUGUUCUAUAGAAGAUGGUGAAUCUGUGGUCCCGCGAAAGAAAUCGCGGUUGUCGAACGAGUUAUCCUUGAGCCAAGUGGAUGGCUCCCGAAAUCCGCUGAGUCACAUUUUCACCCAAUGUCAUAGUGAACCUCAAGUGCCUCUGAAUGAAAGGGAAUUCUCCCCCGUUAGAAGGCUUUCAUUCCCGCAGAGUCUUGACAUGGAUGUUGCGGACGACAAAGAGCACACCGAGCUGAGAUUGAAAAUGCUAUUCUAUACCUUCAAGCUCGAGAUCGCUCAUCCAGAGGGUAACCUGGAACUGAUCCUUCAUUCCGGGAGAGAUUUGGACGUGAUCACUACGUGUUUCAACAUCUCACUACCUCCGCAACCUAAAACGUCAUGGCUUGAUGUGGAUCGCUCGGUGAGCGAGGAUUUGCUACGACGCAUUUUGGCUGUCAGAAACGAACUCCCGGGGUCUCGGUUUCGUGCCCACUGCGUAGAUGCCGAGACGGGUCGGAUCAAGAGUCUGGACCGGAUGACGUACGUGAGAGCAUUGUAUUUAGAUUAUGUGAGCCUAGCCAGAGCCGUGAAGGGGAUUGCGGGGCUUUUGUCGCUCCGCGAGUACCAGGAGUUGCUUGUGGGAUUCCUGUGUGAUCCGGAGUUUUUGGAUGGAGAUUUCGGGUUGUCGGGUGAAUUGCUGCGAACUUGCGAAGCACUUUCGAAACCCCGUCCUGCUGCCCGCGAGGGGAGCCAGCAUUGCAGCACCUGGCGCGGCAGGGGUGUAGCCCUGGCCCUCGGAGCACGUGCACCUGAGUCGCCCUGUGCUAGCCCGCACGCGUGCCUAAAAACGGGGAUCCCGUCCGUGGCCAGGGAUGGACCCUGA